UGAAAAUUCAAAGAGGAGAAAUAGCUAGUUUGUCAAGUGGAAACUGCUGCAUGGUCCCACACUCCCUACGUCUGCUAGCCAGCAUUCAGAUCUUUAAAUAGGCAGCCUAUUUUGAUGCAAAAGCAUAACACAGGGCCCUGAAGACUCGAGGCACAUGCACAGGCUGGAUUUGAUUUAAGGGUCAAAUGGUCUGACAGCACUCAGAACACCCUGUGGAGAGUAAAUCUGAGACCGUGUUAUUUAUUCUGUCCGUUCAGGCACAGUCGUUCCACACAGCUUGCCGGGAUUUUUUUUUCUGAAAGACAACUUUUUGAGGGUAAAUUAAAUGUAACUACAAACUACAGUUGUGACUUUCUGUGCUGCCUAUCUGUAAUGGAUUAGAAGUUAGGAAAACUCCUGUGUCACCUUUGGGAUCCUCUUGAACCCUGUGAAAAAACAAAAAAAAGCAAUGUCCUAUACAUCCAAACUUCCUGCGUCCUGGAAGGAUGAACCUCCUCGUCGGAAAGUGGAAAUUGACCUGAGUUCACCUGGUUUAGCAGUGUUUGAGUUGGAAAGACUCUUGUUCACUGGCAAAGCCAUCAUCAGUCAUGCAGAUGAAGUCUGGCCAAGGCUUUACGUUGGUGACCAACACAGUGCAGAGAACCAGGCCGAUCUGUCCAUGCAUGGAGUCACUCACAUCCUGAAUGCAGCUCACAGCAAGCGCAGAGGACAGCCAGCGAUCUAUGAGAACAUGAAGAUCACCUACAUGGGCAUAGAGGCUCAUGACUCCUGUGGGUUUGACAUGAGCGUCAACUUCCAGGCGGCAGCAGACUUUAUCCACAGGGCUCUCAGCAGAGGAGGCAAGGUGUUGGUGCACUGUCAUGUAGGAGUGAGCCGUUCUGCCACCCUGGUCCUGGCGUACCUGAUGCUGAAGCAGAACCUGACCCUUGUGGAGGCUAUUUGUGCCGUGAAAGAGAACCGAGGUGUUAUCCCCAAUCGAGGUUUCCUCCGACAGCUCAUCAAACUGGAUGGCCAGCUCUUUGGCGCUCACUGAACCCUGCCUGAUUCAUUUCAGCUUAUUUAUAUUGUGUCAAUUCACAACAAAAGUUAAUCUCAAGACACUUUCCAAUUAGAGCAGGUCUAGACCAAACUCUUUUAUCAAAUUUUGUAAUACAGCGAACCCAAUAUUCCCCCUUGAGCAAGCACUUGGCGACAGUGGUGAGGAAAAAUGGCCUUUUAGAAGGCAAAAACCUCAGAGCAGACCCCGGCUCAGUGUGGGCGGCCAUCUCUGACCAAAUGUGAAACAUGCUCAUAAUCUGUCCUUCUGUUCCUCAGUUACACUGUUGAAUAAUGGACAGAAAACAUUAUGAUGGCGCAGUCAAGUUGAUAUUUGACCAUUUUGACAGAAAAUGUCAGCAUUUCAUCAUUUUAUAUUAUCAGACAUUUGUGUGAAAGUUUGAGAUAAUUAGUGCAUGAGCUCUUGAGGAUUGGGGGCACUGAUGUCAGGCGUGCUGAUUGUACAGAUCUUCCGAGCUGCCGGGCUGAACGUGUGUGUGAAGCCUUCAUGUUUUAGAAUCUGUUGCUUCUUUGCAGCAGCAUCUAUUUCUGAAGCGUUAUCAUCCACCACAAGCUCAUUAGUUCUGAUGAAAUUAAACUUCAGGUGAUUCACAAAGCUCUCUAUCAUUCACUGCAAACCAGCGAGGAGUCUGGACAGACAUGGAUGUAAACUGCAACUUGACGGGUGUGUGGAGGCGUCCAAAUCCAAGGCAGCAGGUUGUUGUACUCACAGCAGCUUGACUUCUUUCCUUCAUCCUGCCCUGCUGAAAGCCACAUUUAAGCAUUAAUCAUCACUCACUGCAGUGGCUGAGCAAAUAAGGGGUUGAGACAGAAACAAAGUCCUCGUGUGUGGUCCUUGAAAAUCACCAUAUCAGUACUGAGAUUGGCAAACUGGUUCUAAAGUGCAAAAAGUAUGCACGACCUAUAGAAUUAGAUAGGAUGGUCGCUUUUAGCCAGUUUAAGUUGGCAUUGGUAGGCUUAGAGCAGUGUGAAUGUUUUCUUCGGACUGAUGUUGUCUCUUAUGUUAUUGUUAUUGCUUGCAUCUUUUGUGUUCCUCCGUUGCUUUUAUGUAUUGCAAAUAUUGUUUUGCAUGUAAUUCUUUAUAUUUUUUAGAUGUAUUAUAUUUUAUAUAAAUUGUAAUCAGGGUGUCAGUGCAACAGACAGAAUGCUAUCAAGGCCUUAAGUGUUUUAGAUAAAAUAAUAACAAUGAAUAAUAACCCAGCUGUUAUCAGAUUCUGACUGUACUCAUAUUGAUCCUGUGAACACGCGUGCUUGAUUCAUUGCAGAGGGAUACAGCGUAUUGUAUUUAGCUUUCAGAUCGUGGAUGACAAUGCCAGCCUUUCCUGGUCGUGCACUUGAGAAAGGUUGUUUUUCUACUCCAGCCAGCCCAUUAUGAGCUGCUACAGAGCCUGCGCUUUGCUGGACAUACAGUGAACCAGAAG